UUAUUGCACAGAAAUAUGAGGUUUUACUUUUUAAAAAAUAAAUUGUCAUCCUAUAGAAAAAUGACACAAAAUGAACCCCGAAAAUGACUUCCUUUAUAUCGGGGUCCUCAUUGUAUCUGGCAUUGAUUUCUACGUUUCUCUUCUCUCUCUGUUUACUGCACUUAAUUUUUCCGGGCAAUGGUUCUGUAACUGUAAACUGGGUAUUUUUCUGAGUGGGGACUAAAAAAUUAAAGGCUUUCUUCAGUUUCUGAAAGUUGUCUUGCUUGUUAGACAAGAGUGAAUGGCAGAGGUCUGUUUUGGUGGAGUUGUGACUGAAACUGAUUCAUCGCCGCCGUGUGAGUCAAGUUCACGGGAGGUGAGGAGGAGGAGAAUGGAGUUUCGAAAGAUAAAAGUCAUCGCCGGAGUAAAUCCACAGGAACCUACAGAGAAAGGAAUGAAACGUCCAAAAUUAAAGCUUAUUUCCGGUUCUGUUUCAAGGAUGUGUGAUAACGCUGUGGAAAGUUCUAGCACCAAUGAUGAAGGAAAACUGAGAUUAGUAGAGACAAAAGGAUUACCACCGACUGUUAUUUUGACUCCAAUUUUGGGUCCUUUGAAUUCUACUCCCCUUGUUCAAUCAGUGGCUUGCCCAAAGUUUGGUUUCGCCUCUGUUUGUGGAAGGAGGAGAGAUAUGGAAGAUGCAGUCGCAAUUCAUCCUUCCUUUUGCCAAAUAGAAAAAGAAAAUAGUGGAGAAUUGCAUUACUUUGCCGUUUACGAUGGUCAUGGCUGCUCUCAUGUGGCGACCAAGUGUAAAGAGAGAUUACACGAGCUGGUGAAGGAAGAGCUGGAGAACAAAGAAGGAAAUCAUGAAGGAUGGAAACAUUCAAUGAAUCGAAGCUUCAAUCGUAUGGACAAUGAAGUGAUUGAAUGGAACAAGAAUGUAACCGGAGCCACAUGCCGGUGCGAACUUCAUACACCGGAAUGCGACGCCGUCGGUUCAACGGCGGUAGUAGCAAUUGUAACGCCGGACAAGAUUAUUGUCGCGAAUUGUGGUGAUUCCAGAGCUAUUCUUUGCCGAAAUGGGAAAGUUAUUCCUCUUUCUAACGAUCAAAAACCAGAUCGUCCCGAUGAACUUAACCGGAUCCAGGAAGCUGGUGGCAGAGUAAUCUACUGGGAUGGCCCUCGUGUUUCAGGCGUUUUGGCCAUGUCAAGAGCCAUUGGUGAUAAUUAUUUGAAGCCGUAUGUGAUAUGCGAGCCAGAGGUGACGAUAACCGAUCGAACGGCGGAAGAUGACUGUUUGAUUCUGGCAAGUGACGGAUUGUGGGACGUAGUCUCAAACGACACUGCAUGUGGCGUUGCCGGGAUGUGUUUGAAAGGGAAUGAAGCGCCGGAAAAUGAAGCCAACGGCGAGGUGGAUUCCGACCAGGGUUGUUCUGAUGCAUCGAUGCUUUUGACUAAACUAGCCCUUGCGAGGCGGAGCUAUGACAACGUCAGCGUUGUCGUAGUUGAUCUGAAGAACUACACGUAGAGCAUCCAAGUCUCUCUUUUUUCUUUUAUGUUUUUAACAUUUGUGUGUGUUUAUUUUGUGGGGGUGGGGGUGUUAAGGUGGUUUUCAGUUUUUGAUUAGUUGUUAUGGUUGAAAUUGGAAGAAAAUGAAGGGGAUUGGGGAAAAAAGGGAUUUCCUUAAAUGAGAGCUUUUGGUUUUGAUAGCUUUGUUCAGCACUUGGAUAGAGUUAAAAUCAACUACGUAACUCGAAUUGAGUGGUCUAAAAAGUGAAAGAUACAGAUGCUUAAUCAACAUUACAGCUGAUGAUUAUGAAUUGAGUUGAUAGUCAAAAUCCUGAACCAUUGCUCUUU